CUUUACUGUCUUAAUUCAACAUGCCAGACGCUACACUACCCAAAUCCAAUAAUCGAAGAUCAACGUGUAGUGAUACUAGUACAAUAAAUGACACCUAUGUCGUUCAAGAACCUAUCCCUUUACAAGAGACCACUUCUUAUGUAGAACAAAUUCGAGAACAACUACCACCAGGUGUUCUUGCUACAAGAACUUUAUCCAUUCAACCUUAUCCAUCAAAAGACGCAGACCUUGAGGCUCUUCCUUCUAGAGUCUUAAGUCAUCAUUCUGAAAAGCGUCCUCUAACGCACUAUGUCAAUUGGGAAGAAAAUGACCCUGAAUGCCCCUAUAACUGGAGUAAAUCAUACAGGUAUAUUCAUACAAUGGUGGUCGCUCUCUUUGUCGUAUCUGCUGCUUUUGGUUCAUCUGUUAUCACUGGUCGACUGGAUGGCGUAGUCGAAUCAUUUGGAUGCUCCCAUGAAGUAGCUAUUCUCCAAGUAUCCCUUAUGGUCAUUGGCUUUAUGAUAGGUCCCUUAUUAUGGUCCCCUGCUUCAGAAAUCAUGGGACGUAAGCCAAUUUAUAUUGUCGCUCUUGGACUCUACACCGUUUUCAAUAUCCCAUGUGCUGUUGCCAAGAAUAUAGAAACCGUGCUCGUCUGUCGCUUCUUUUGUGGUUUCUUUGCCUCUGUUGCUCUAACGCUCGCAGGUGGUUCCAUAUCAGAUAUCUUCCCAGCAGAAACUCGAGGUUAUGCUGUUGCCUACUUUGCUGCUGCACCUUAUGCUGGUCCUGUCCUUGGUCCAAUUGUCGGUGGCUGGAUCUCAAUUGGUACGCAAAGUUGGAGAUGGAUCUAUUGGGUCAACAUGAUCUUUGCUGGUGUUACUUGGAUACUAUCUAUCAUCUUGCCAGAAACUUAUCACCCUAUCCUCCUCGCUAGACGCGCCAAAAAGCUGAGAAAAGAAACCGGUGAUCCAACCUAUGUUACAGUCGAAGAAGAGUUUCCUGUUCCAAUUUCUGAACUUGUCCAAGCAAAUCUUAUUCGACCCUUUGUUAUGCUCGCUACCGAACCCAUUCUGAUUCUCAUGUCUCUUUAUAUCGCCAUUAUCUAUGCUCUGCUGUAUGCCUUCUUCUUUGCUUAUCCAAUCAUAUUUGGUCGUAUCUAUCACAUGAACGAUGGUUUCAUUGGUCUGACCUUUAUUGGUAUCCUCAUUGGCGCUGGUUUUGCUCUCAUAGCUACUCCUUAUUUUGAAAAGAUAUAUAGAAAUACUAUCAAAAAGAAUGGCAAGGCUACCCCAGAAGAUCGUCUUAUGGGUAUGAUGUUCGCGGCUCCUUUCGUUCCUAUCUCUCUAUUUAUCUUCAGUUGGACGUCUUACCCUUGGGUUCACUGGAUUGGUCCUGUUAUAUCUGGUCUACCUUUUGGCUUUGGUAUGGUCUUGCUUUACUAUUCUGCAAAUAAUUAUCUUAUCGACUGCUUCUCUCGUUACGUUACCUCUGCAUUAGCUGCCAAGGUCCUCGUUCGUUCCAGUUCAGGUGCUGCCUUUCCUCUGUUUAUCGAGCAAAUGUAUGAUCGUUUAGGUGAUCAAUGGGCAAGCACCUUGCUCGCCUUUAUCUCGCUGGCUAUUGUACCUAUACCAUUUGCCUUUUAUAGAUGGGGUGCGAAAAUUCGAGCGAAAUCAAGAGCCGCCUCAUAGAGAACCCUUUAUUUUACUCCUUAAACCCCUCCUC